GUGUCCACUUUCAAACCAUCAGGAUCAAGUUUUGGGGGCCAGUUGCUAUCAUUCGCUCAAGUGUGUUGGAUGUUAUCUCGGUUCUGUCAAAUUAUGCCUGGGCAAUUAGUCGCUGAUGUUGGAUUGGAUGCUGGUGGUGCAGAGUACCGCUCGAAUGGCUAUAAUCGAAUCCGGGAGUGAGAUUCAUCUCUACUAUAUAUAUUCUCUCAUGUUACAUUGCGUAUAUUCAUGAUCCUAUUAUGCUAUACGACGCGAUGUUCUACCUCCCCCUGCAUCUUUCUUACAUCGUAGCGCCUUGUAAUAUCAGCCCUCGAGCGUUUUACAUUCAUCCUUCCUUUCUUUAUGUGUGCGGCGAUUCCUUCAAGAAGAAAGCAUAGUUCACGAGAUGAAGUCUACUUAAAUCUACCCAUGAUCUGGUUUCUUUUCUUCGUCUUUCUAAUAGGCAGUGCUGGCGCAGCGGGCACCUCUAACAAUUUCAUAUUCCCCUCAAACCUCACCACUCUCAAUGCUUCUCACGUCGUCGAAGGAUCGUACGAAGUAGGCAGCACAGUCGACUUACGAUGGGAUACUAUCUGGGAUAUGGUCACCAUUGUCAUCUGGCAAAAUGGAAAGCCACCUUAUCAAUACCUUCCUAAUUCUGUCCAAAUACCCAAUCUGGUAACUUCAUACACAUGGAUUAUUGAUAUCAGUGGCACGAACGGUAAUCCAGGAUUCGACCUCAACAACGGAUCGACAUUUUAUUUCAUAAUUACGCACACCGGAACCCCCGACUUAUUCGCAAGCCAGUCGAUUAAUAUUACAAAUAAGGCUAUCAGUUCAUCCGCUACUUCUUCUCAUUCUUCUUUGACAAUUGAGACAACAAGUACUGCGAGUAUUUCUCCAGCUACUUCAAGCCCAUCUUCUCCAGCUACCACAUCGAGUGAAUUGAGUCCCGGUGCUAAAGUGGGUAUAGGAGUAGGUGUCACACUGGGUAUUACGGCCAUCAUCGCAGCCUUCGCGCUAGGAUAUCAUCUUCGACAACCUUCAAGAUCUCCAAAUCCUCAUACCAUGACUACGAAACCGGACGAUGAGGCGGCGGAACCGAAACCAUUCGUCUGGCAACCGCCACAGGAACUGUCAUCUAAUGUCCCGCGCCCGAAGCCCCAGGAUCCGAUUUUUGAGAUUCAGGGGUAGGGAAUGCAAGAAUUUGGUCGAAACUUCGCGCCGGGGGGGGGGGGUUGAUCUCUUUUGGUGGUCGCAUGGGUUUGUUUUGACGGAGGGGAGAUCUUCCGAGUCGAUUUUGGUUCGCAUCGUAUGGUUAAGUACCUACGAGCCUACCUAUCGUAAUGCAUGAUGUGC